GGCCCCGGGCCUUGCUCCUCCCACAGUCCCUGGUUUGCCCACCUCCAAAAACAGUGGGCAGGGUGGGCGCCCAGCUCCAUCCUGCAGCUACUAGCGCCCCAACUCUCUUCCUCUCCCAGCGGCUCCCGGGGCUGGAGUCCUGGAUGGUGUCGGCAGUUGGGCGGCAGGCCCCAGAGCCCAGGAAGCCGCACGGGGUGAAGCGGCAUCACCACAAGCACAACUUGAAGCACCGCUACGAGCUGCAGGAGACCCUGGGCAAAGGCACCUACGGCAAAGUCAAGAGGGCUACCGAGAGGUUUUCGGGUCGAGUGGUUGCUAUAAAAUCCAUUCGUAAGGACAAAAUUAAGGAUGAACAAGACAUGGUUCACAUCAGACGAGAGAUUGAGAUCAUGUCAUCCCUCAACCAUCCUCAUAUCAUCAGUAUUUAUGAAGAUUACAUCUCUUUCUUGGCCCUUUGUGUUGUGAUAUGCCGGAACUGGCCAGCCUUUCAUCACAUCCUCAUCUCAGGGACAUCUUAUGUGAAAGCCUCAAACAUGAAGCAGAACAGUGGAGUGACUUUGGUGUUUGAGAACAAAGAUAAGAUUGUGAUCAUCAUGGAGUACGCCAGCAAAGGGGAGCUGUACGAUUACAUCAGCGAGCGGCGUCGCCUCAGCGAGCGGGAGACCAGACACUUCUUCCGGCAGAUCGUCUCCGCCGUGCACUAUUGUCACAAGAAUGGUGUGGUCCACCGGGACUUGAAGCUGGAAAAUAUACUGCUCGAUGACAACUGUAAUAUUAAGAUUGCCGACUUUGGGCUUUCCAACCUGUACCAGAAGGACAAGUUCUUGCAAACGUUUUGCGGGAGCCCACUCUACGCCUCUCCUGAAAUUGUCAAUGGGAGACCUUAUCGAGGCCCAGAGGUGGACAGCUGGGCCCUGGGAGUCUUGCUUUACACCCUCGUCUAUGGAACCAUGCCCUUUGAUGGUUUCGAUCACAAAAACCUCAUACGGCAGAUCAGCAGCGGAGAGUACCGGGAGCCCACGCAGCCCUCAGAUGCUCGAGGACUCAUUCGGUGGAUGCUGAUGGUGAACCCCGAUCGCCGGGCCACCAUUGAGGACAUCGCCAACCACUGGUGGGUGAACUGGGGCUACAAGAGCAGUGUCUGCGACUGUGAUGCCCUUCACAACUCUGAGUCCCCUCUCUUGGCCCGCAUUAUCGACUGGCACCACCGUUCCACAGGGCUGCAGGCUGAGGCUGAAGCCAAAAUUAAGGGCUUGGCCAAACCUGGGGCCACUGAGGUCAUGCUGGAGCGGCAGCGGUCACUGAAGAAGUCCAAGAAAGAGAAUGACUUUGCUCAGUCCGGCCAGGACUCGGUGCCCGAAAGCCCAUCCAAGCUGAGUUCCAAGCGGCCCAAAGGGAUCCUGAAGAAGCGGAGCAACAGCGAGCAUCGCUCUCACAGCACUGGCUUCAUUGAGGGCGUUGUCAGUCCUGCCUUACCCCCUGCUCUCAAGAUGGAGCAGGACUUGUGCCGGACUGCUGUGCCCCUCCCGAGCUCCCCCGAGGCAGAGGUGCCAGGUAAACUCAGCCCCAAACAGUCGGCCACGAUGCCUAAGAAAGGCAUCUUGAAGAAGACCCAGCAGAGAGAAUCGGGUUACUACUCAUCCCCGGAGCGCAGCGAGUCUUCGGAGCUGUUGGACAGUAACGAAGGGCUGGGUGGCAGCAUCCCCUCCCCGAGCCCCCCGGACCCGGCCAGGGUGACUUCCCACAGCCUCUCCUGCCGCAGGAAGGGCAUCUUGAAACAUAGCAGCAAGUACUCGGCAGGCACCACAGACCCGGCCCUGGCCAGCCCCGAAAUGCCCACACUGGAAUCCUUGCUGGAGCCCGGUGUCCCCGCCGAGGGCCUCUCCCGGAGCUACAGCCGGCCUUCCAGCGUCAUUAGCGAUGACAGUGUCCUUUCCAGCGACUCCUUUGACUUGCUUGAUCUGCAGGAGAACCGCCCUGCCCGCCAGCGCAUCCGCAGCUGUGUCUCUGCCGAAAACUUCCUCCAGAUCCAGGACUUUGAGGGGCUCCAGAACCGGCCCCGGCCCCAGUACCUGAAGCGGUACCGGAACCGGCUGGGAGACAGCAGCUUCUCCCUCCUCACAGACAUGGACGACGUGACUCAGGUCUACAAGAAAGCGCUGGAGAUCUGCAACAAACUCAACUAGCUCCCCAAGGCACAGGGGCGGGUUGGGGUGGGUACGAGGGAGGAGUAGGGGCAGUGACUGCUAAGGAGCUGGCCAUGACAAGAGACUGAAAGAGGAUUGGUGCUGUCUUGCUUUGGCCAAGUUUGCAGCCUUGGGCCAGCAGCUAAAAGGGAGAAGUGGGCUCUCUGCCAGUCCUGCCAACUGCCAGUCAGAAUUCAGAUCCUAAUUGGCAUUUGCUUUAUAGCAUCCCUAGAGGACCAGCUGUCCAGGGGAGGUGGUGUUGGCCAGCACUUAAAGCGUGGGGGGAAGCAUAUGGGAGAGGGAGCAUUUCCCUAGAAGUCAUCCACAUGCUUCUGGAGGAGUGGCAAGAGAGACUGGGGCCAUCUGCUUUGAGUGAACUCAGAGCUUGCUCCUUCUCUCCUCACAUUAGCAGGCUUAGUCUGACUGCAUGGGGUUGGCAAGUAGGUUUCAGCUACAUGAGCUUGAAUCAGUGAUUGAUUGAUACUGGCUGUUGGGUGUGCUGGUUUAAGUAGCCCAGACACACCAGAAGGAGUGCUGUGAUUGAAUAGUGAUGGCUGCCGUGGGGAUGGGAAACGGGGCAGUAGCACUCAUGCCACGUAGUUGCCAUCCUUGACCUGGCUAAGCCCUGGGAGUGUUAGUAUAGAUCCUGUGGGAUCUGUGUUAUCUCUUUCAUGCCACCAGUGUGGCAUUUGUUCAUUUGCUACUCUACCUUGAAUGGAGACAGGGCCUUGGUCAGAGAGAGAAUGCUCUGAACACUGCUAAGGACUUAGAGUCAGCCCAUGGUGAUUUUUUGGCUUCUUUUUGUCUACCUCUUCUUUCCUGGUGUCUGCCUUGCUCUUCAGCACAACCUCCUGAGGGUGGACAGGGGAAAAGAUGGUGGUGUCUGAGGUCAAAACUUUGGCAUAUAACAGAGCUUGAGGCCCUCUGUGGUCUUUGUGCAGUUGAAUGGAAAUCGAUCCACACCAGCAAGGGGGCAACUUUUCGAUUUCUUUAACGUCUCAAUAUUAACUGGAAUGCUGCCUUGUGGGUUCUCACCUGCAUGAAUGCUUUGAAUUGGACGUGAUGCUGUGGUUUCCAAAGGAGUAACUGGCUCAACCAUUUAUCCUGCUUACUCACAGUAAACGAUUUCCCCAUCCACCAAGUGUAGAAUCCUCAGAGGUAGAUGAGUUUGCUUCUAGCGUGUAGUUAGUGUGUAGGUGGGAUAUUUGGAUGAGGAAAGUCAGGCAGAAGGUGUUCUCCCCAAAUCGAGGUAUUCUGUGUCAUGGGUUUAAACUCCUAGGCUUUGGGGAAGAAGUUCCAUCCAUUCAAAUGAAUAAGGUACUAGAGAGCAAAGUGGGUUGGUAGGAAGCAUACAGGAGAGGGAACACUUCCCUGGAUUCAUCCAGGUGGUUCUGGAGGAGGCAGAAAAGAGGUGUGACAGGACUCUUACCUUAAAAAGUAACAUAACUAGGUAUUUAACUCUUAGACAUCCAGAUUACAGGUGAUAAGCCGUCGCUUCCACAAUGGAACAUCUUGAGAUACUGAGUUUGGAACUGAUGGUUUUAUUUGGGACUUUGGGAUGACUUCAGAUUCUACUGGCCCCAGCCAACUGAAACUUGUUUCGAGAAUGGCUGACUUCUGAUAGCCACCUGGAUAUUUCAGGAGAGCUAGUCUUGUGGGUAUCCUGGGGAAAACCAACAGAUAAUAGUUCAUAGGGAGAUGAGAAAGAAUUCACCUUCAGGCACCAAGAACAUUAACUAGAAUGAAACUGCCCUUUCCCUGAGGGGAUGGCCCCAUUUCUCCCCUUGCCAACAGCUCUGGGGUUUUGGCUUCUGCAUUCCUUCAGGCUGAGCUGAGUAGUGUAACAUGGGAAGCUUCUUGAUUUCCUUUCAUCCAGUUCCACUUCUUUCCUGAACGCCAGCAUAGGUUCAAAGGGAAAAAAACCUGUAGAUAGCAAAUUGUAUGUGGGGUAUGUGGGUGCAGGGAGUGCGUGCGCUCUGCAACCUCUAAGCCCCCUACUCCCUGUCUCAUUAUCUGCGGCCUUUUCUGAACAGCCUAUACUGCUGCACUGCUGGCCCCUCGUGCAUGGCAGCCGGCCUAGUUGGUAGCUGUCAGUAGGACUUACGUAUAACAUCAACCUACUGGUUGACGUGUUUUCCUUUUGCCCAAGUGAUUGUGUCUGUUCAGUGAUUUUCCAUCCUUCUAGUCUUUAAGUAAAAAUAAUACUAUUAAGGAAAAUCAUCCUACUCCUCCCCCACUCCCAAAACACAUGUAUGUUCUCUUUUGUCAGUAGACCCAGACAGUGGAUCGUGGCAAAGACGGUCCUCCACUCAGAGGCAGAGACUCUGAGUCCUGGUGUGCUGCUAGCCAGCUGGUGGCCUUAGGCACCUGCGGUGUUUUGGGGACUGUGGUUUCCCUUCAGUGGGGGCUGGAGGGGCGGAUUAGCUGGUCUCUCAGGCCCUGCCUAGUUCCGACCUUCUGCUAACAUCCUCUGAUUCGAGAUGUGUCCUUUCAAGGAAAAACUUAGAAUAGAGGGAAAAACCCUCAAAGCAGCUCCCUUGCUUCCUGAUUAAGUCCUAUCAUCCCUACCAGCCAAUCCCAUCCAAGGAAGGCAUGCUUGAUUCAUUUCCAUGGAAUUACAAGUGAGAGACACUUUGAUGACCUGGUGGACCAAGCAGGAGGUUCGAGGUCAGCCCUCCUGGUCCUUUCCUUGCCUCUGUGGGCCUUUCAGUGUCUUAGUUUACACAUCUGCCAAAGGAGUAGAGUUAUACUUCUUUUUACAGGUAAAUUUCAAGGCAUGAUCAGUUUUCAGGAAGUGCAUCAAGACCCCAGGUGAAAUGAAAAUGCUAAGUACUCUCUGAAUUCCCGUCCCUGUUUUAAGGUGCUGCUUCUGCAGAUGACAAGGAGCACCUUUCAGGGUGAAACUCAGGUGAGUGUUGGCCAGGCCUGCUGUCUUGAGUACAAAUGUGAAUGACUGACUGACUGCUUAUUGCCAAACUGGAAAUGUUCUGUAGGGAUUUACUGGCAUGGUAUCAUUCCUAGAAGAAAAAAAGAGAAACUUGACUGCACAUUUUUUUUUAAUCCAUGUUGUGACUUUUAUUUAAUUUCUAUUUUUUUGGUAAUAAAAAGUUGACUUUUUUAUUUGAA